AUGGCGGCGCCGGGCGUUGCGGCGAGGACUGAGGCCGUCUCGCCGGCUGGAGGGGGCUUGGUUGUCAACUGGUCAGGUCAAGGAUUGCAAAAACUGGGUCCAACCUUACCCUGUGAUGCUGAUACUCACACUCUGAUUCUGGACAAAAACCAGAUAAUUAAAUUGGAGCACUUGGAGAAAUGCAGGAAUCUGAUGCAGCUCUCUGUAGCCAACAAUCGUUUGGUGCGAAUGAUGGGUGUAGCAAAACUGACUAAGCUCCGGGUGCUGAACUUGCCUCAUAAUAGUAUUGGGUAUGUGGAAGGGCUGAAGGAUUUGGUGCACCUGGAAUGGCUGAACUUGGCAGGAAAUAACCUUAAGGCCAUUGAACAAAUCAAUUCCUGUUUGUCUCUUCAGCAUCUUGAUUUGUCAGACAAUAACAUAGCUCAAUUAGGUGAUCUCUUCAAGCUUACGUCGCUGAAGACUCUGUUGCUACAUGGAAAUAUUAUAACUUCACUUCGCACUGCCCCUGUUUGCCUACCUCAGAAUCUGACUGUUUUUUCUUUGGCAGAAAAUGAAAUCAGAGACUUAAAUGAGGUUUCUUUCCUAGCCUCUCUUCGUCAAUUGGAACAGUUGUCAAUUAUGAACAAUCCAUGUGUGAUGGCCACACCUUCUAUUCCUGGCUUUGACUACAGGCCAUAUAUUGUCAGCUGGUGUCUGAACCUUAAAGUUCUUGAUGGAUAUGUGAUUUCUCAGAAGGAAAGUUUGAAAGCAGAAUGGCUCUACAGUCAAGGUAAAGGAAGAUCAUAUCGACCUGGACAGCAUGUUCAGUUAGUCCAGUACUUGGCUACUGUUUGUCCUCUUAUAUCUACGUAUGGUCUUCAGACUGAAGAGGAUGCCAAACUGGAAAAAAUACUGAGUAAGCAAAGGCUCCACCAGCGGCAGCUGAUGCAUCAAAACCAAAAUGAAGGACCACCUGCAUCUUCUACUCCCAACAAAACACUGCCAGUUACUUACGAACACAGCAGUCCAGCCCAGCCACCACAGAUAGUUCUUGAAAGUGAACCUGUCAUCCAGAAGAAUUCUUGGGUUGGACCAAGUGCAAACGAUGAUCAUUCCUAUGCAGUAAAGAAUACUUUUCUUCUUGAAAGAAGUUUUCGCAAGGAGCUAUACCUUGAAGAUAUACAGACAGAUGAAGACAAACUAAACAGCAGCCUUUUAUCCUCAGAGUCUACUUUCAUGCCAGUUGCUUCAGGACUGUCUCCAGUGUCUCCUACUUCAGAGCUGAAGCUACAUGGAAUCAGUUUGGGCCUAGAUGAUGAUGAUGAUACAGUGAUCGAAUGUGUGAGAGAUGUUAAUAGUGGAGAAACAGCUAACAAGCAAGAAGCUUCAUAUGUUACAAAAGAGCACUCCAACAGAGCAGUGGGAAGUGUGGAAACUCAAGAGGAUAUCAAAGAGGGUAUGCUGUUGUCCGCUCCUGAUCCAGUAACAGCUAGCCUGACUGCUGAUACUAGCAACAGUUCAGCAUCCUCUGAAGAACAAGUUCUGCAUAGUCACCCCAGCACCUCAGUAGGUGCUGAAUCGGGAAUUACAACUCUCUGUCCUGACCAGAUGGCAGGUGAAAGUUCUGAUUCGUUAGCCGCUGUUGAUGAAGGCGCAGCUGAACUGCAAAGAAUGACUAAAGCAGCUACCAAGCUUCAAGCCUGCUGGAGAGGAUUUUACACAAGGAACUACCAUCCCCGAGCCAAGGAAGUGCGGUAUGAAAUUCGACUAAACAGAAUGCAGGAGCACAUCAUUUGCUUAACUGAUGAAAUAGAAAAACUGAGAAAAGAAAGAGAGGAAGAUAAGAUUCAGAGGCUUGUACAGGAGGAAGCUGUCAGAUUUCUUUGGAACCAGGUUAAAUCUCUUCAACAGUGGCAGCUUUCGGUGACACAAAAUUUAGGUGCCACUUGGCAACCUGGGUUCCCUUCAGCCAGUGCUUUCGGUCCAUCCGAACCAUCUAUUCGAUCAUCCACACUUGAGCAAGAAACCUCACCAGAUGUUAGUUCUGCUUGGUUAGUUCCAGCUAGUGAUGUUCUUCAGGAAAAGUCUCUGUUGCAGUUCCCAGAUUCUGGUUUUCAUUCUUCCAUGGCUGAUCAGACUCAUGCUGGUGGCUUGUGUAGCUCUGAGAAGAGUUUAACGGAAGGAACGGAGAGCUCUCUUUCAGUGGAAACGGUCAAACAAUGUGGCAAUUCUGUUGCAGCGUAUUCUUCAGAUGUAGAGGAUGGCCAUGGAGAAUGUGAGCAAAGUAAAGAGAGCUCUAGUAACGAGCAGGACAACAGUCUAAUACAACAGUAUUUGAAAUCUGUUCAGCAACUGGAAGAGGCUGAUGAAGGGACAAAUUGCAAUGAUGAAACAGAGGGUAGCUGGCCACAAAUAGCUGUUUCAGCAGAAAGUCAAGAUUCUUCAUCUGACACUGUCUCUGUAGACCUCCCUCAAGAUACAUCUUCCCCUGCCCAAGGUGAAAUCAGUCAGACACCAGAAAGCUGCAAACUGAAUUCAGGAAUAGUAGAAGGGAAGCAAACAGACUGUGAUUCUUCGUUUCAGAUGCUGCAUGUUGGGAUAGCUGUAUAGUAGGCUCAG